AUGCACUCAGAGGAGUGUUACGUUGUGGAGCAAAACACGCCAACGAAGACGACGAUGGCCUCAAAUAACAAACAGAAUGGCCAUAAAGACAACGCAUGCACCGCGUAUCCCUUUAAGGUGAAACGCGAGAUGUAUCGCGAGCAGCGACAGCGUCUUGCAGCCGCGUUGCUUUCAAGCAAAGAUGCGACGCAUGCAGCAUUUCUUCAGGGUGGAUCGGAGGUUCCGGUGAACUCGUCGGAUAUCAACUACCUCUUUUGGCAGGAGAGUUACUUUGCGUACCUGUUUGGCUGCGAUAUUCCUGACAGUUUUGGUGCUGUUCUCGCCGAUGGCAAGGGCCUUCUUUUCAUCCCUCGCUACCCCGUUUCCUACGCCGUCUGGAUGGGUGAGUUGCCCACACCAGAGAGCGUGAAGCUUGCCACAGGAUUGGAAGAAGUGUAUUACACCGACGAGAUUGAAGCUGCGCUCACCUCAAAAGGUGUACAAACCGUUGAAGUCCUGGAUGGUGUAAACUCGGACAGCGGUCUUCACGUUCUCACGGCAAAGCUGCCAGAAGGAUCCAAGGUGAAGAUCUCUAACAAAUGGCUAUUUGGCGUACUUACCCAACAGCGUUGCCACAAGACAGAUCUCGAGGCAGAGCUUUUGCAGUAUGUGUGCAGGGUCUCCAGCGAGGCACAUAUUCAUGUAAUGCAACACUGCAAACCUGGUAUGUCGCAACAUCACCUUGAAUCCACCUUUUUGCACUAUGUAUACUACCACGGUGGCUGUCGCAAAGUGGCAUACACCUGCAUCUGUGGCACCGGUCACCAUGGGGCUGUUCUGCACUAUCCGAACAAUGAUGCCCCCGUUGAGGACGGGUCAAUGGCACUUCUUGAUAUGGGUGGUCAUUACAUGGGCUAUGCAAGCGAUAUUACAUGCUCCUUUCCCGUUAAUGGUAAGUUUACUGAAGAUCAACGAAUAAUCUACAAUGCUGUGCUGGACGCCCAUGACUCCGUAAUGAGGCAGUUGAAACCAGGCGUGAACUGGGUCGACAUGCACAAACUGGCUCUGCGUGUGAUGUGCGAACACCUUGUGCGGGCCGGUAUUCUUUUGGGGGAUGUGGAUACCAUUAUGAGAAAACGUGUUAUGGGUCUUUUUCAACCACAUGGCCUUGGCCACCUCAUGGGCAUGGAUGUGCACGACGUCGGUGGUUACUUGGAGGGAUGCCCCCCGCGGCCUGAAGAGAGUGACUGCUGCAAGUUACGUAUGGCCCGUGUGCUGGAAAAGGGAUUUUGCCUAACGGUGGAGCCCGGCUGCUACAUUAACCGCACUCUUCUCACCGAUGCCUUCCAGAACCCGGAGUUCAAGCCCCACCUCAAUGAGGCCAAGCUGCGCUCUUUGUGGAACUUUGGCGGAGUGCGCAUUGAAAGCGACGUUCUCAUCACGGAGACGGGUGCAAUCAACAUGACACUCGUCCCCCGCACCGUCGAGGAGGUUGAAAAGACAAUGGCUGGUGCCCCGUUCUCGCGGGAGCCUGAAGUAUUCACCCACUGA